AUGGUUUUCCCCGGUAAUCGUCAGUUAUCAGCUCCAGUGAAAGUAGUAACGAAGAGAAACCCAGAGAUCGCUGCGAUAAACCAGGUUCUUCCUUAUAGCUAUGAUGCUGGAAGCUUGAAGUGCAAAAUGAGCGAAUAUACAGCUGAUUUAAAGGACGGGUAUAUCAAGGUUGGAACAUGGCAGGUGAAGAUGAAUGUAAUAGUGUUUGGUCUGGUGGAUGGAACAAAGAAUACUGUAACAGGUUAUAUGUACCAUGCAUACAAAAGAUUGAUUCGGGUAUUUGAGACAAUCAUGGUCUUCUGCAAAGCAUUUGAAGAUAACAACUGA